GAGGGUCAGGCAUGAGGUAGUGCUCUGAGAUGAACGCUAGCGAAUUGGUCACGGAUAACUAUCAUUCAAUAAGGCUGCUCUAUUACUUCAGCAAGCUGUGGGAUCUCUGGGGCAACUUCAACCUGCAUCUGACCACGUACAUUGAGCGAGGAUAUAACGAGUACUUUGCCGGCUUCUGCAGCGUACAAUGGUUUGCUCCACCCCAGAGAAGGGGCAGAAGAGUCAAUCGGAAUGACCUGGAUGAGCUGGAUGAGCUGGAAGACCUGGAUGAGGAGGUGUUAGAGUUUGGCGAUGGGGAUGGCGAUGGCGAUGGCCAGGAUCUAUAUCGUUGGCUACACAUGUCGUGCAUAUUUCGUGCGUCCUAUUUCGGUAACAGAACGCCAAAUUGAAAUUCCAUUUCGCGUUUCUUUUACCAUCCCCAAAAAAUUGUUAAAGUUUUCUAUCGUCUUCGUCUAUUCUUACCUAUACCAACGUCAAUCUACCUCUAUAUCUACAUACAUACAUACUUAUCUUAUAUACAUAUAUAGAUAUAUAUACAUAAUCUUGUAGCUGUGAGUAUGUGUGACAUCUUGGCAAUGCUUCAACGAAACGUUUUGGCAACGUGGCCAGCAAAUGAUAAGCCCAGACAAGAGCCAAGCCCUGUCACGGCUCACUGGGUAAAAUAAAAAUUGAAAUACGACAAAAAAGUAGAAAAAAGA